AUCAAUUUGGUUUCAAAUCUUGAAUAUUUUAAAUGUAUCUGAUUUAAACUGAUUUCUGUUUUCUAGGUAAGCUUUGAAAGACUACCAAGAAUGUUGCUGUUACAGGUUUUCAGACAAUGCAAUCAAUGCUGAGAGGUUCCACACAGCAGUAGCAGCAGCAGCUUUUAUCUGGCAUCUAUGUGGGUUUUAGAUGUGCCAUCUUGAGCAAGCAAUAAUUCGAAUGAGGUUAGUCUGACUGUUGAAAAGGGAAGUGUUCUCAAGAAAGGAAACUGUCACAUGUCAGAAAUGCAAACCUACAGCCUAUGCCCAAGGCAGAUGCUGUGCACCCACACAGUCACAGGACCACAGCCCUGAAAACACAGAUCCACCACGCCUCUGAGUCUGACAGUAGUCAGAGGCGUGACCAGGAAACACUUACAAGCAACUUUAAGGACUAAAAACAGAAGAAACAUUUUACACAUGUGACAAAACUCGGAGUAAGAAACGCUGCAUUGUGAAGGAUCAAUUAAGAGGUGAAGAUGAAGAAGUCAGAGAUGUUCGGCGGCUUCUCUCUGGAGUCAGACGACAGGACGGAGGAGGAGAAAAAACGCCAUAAAGCUUCUAAUAAGAAGGAUGGUCUGGCUUCUGCCUUUGGUUUGGGCCACGAGGCGCCCAAGGCGCCCAUGGACACGGACUACCACGAGGAUAUAGAGGUUCCCAAACCUCAAAUCAGAUUCAAUCUCAACUUUGACAAAGGGAUUCGAGGUGAGGUGCAGGACGGCAGGCGAGACAGCAAGACAUUUAACGUCGAAAGACUGUUUGAAGCGGUGGCCAGUAGGGACGUCAGGAAGCUGGACGGCCUGCACCAGUACCUGCAGCAAAACAUGAAGAAGCUCUCUGACUCUUUGUAUCAGUCCUACGGUAAAACUGCCCUAAUGAAAGCUCUCCUGCACCUCAAAGAUGGCAAGAACGAGACGGCGGAACUACUAAUUGGCAUUUCGGAGAGCAUGGGCGACAUUAAGGAGUUUGUGAACGCAGCCUACACCAACAGCUACUACAAGGGCCAGACUGCUCUGCACAUAGCCAUUGAGAGGAGGAGUAUUUCCUAUGUGAAGCUGCUGGUCAGCAAAGGAGCGGACGUCAACACCAAAGCGUGCGGAAAAUUCUUCCAGCCACAUGAUGGACCCAACUUCUACUUUGGUGAGUCACCACUGUCCCUGGCUGCCUGCACCAACCAGCCUGACAUGGUGGACUAUCUCAUGGAGAACGAGUACCAGCAAGCAGAUGCUAAGCAGACAGACUCUCACGGCAACACCGUGCUUCAUGCCCUGGUGGUGGUGGCUGACAACACCAAGGAGAACACGGACUUCAUCACCAGCAUGUAUGACCGCGUCCUCAAGACCACCGCCAGGCUGCAUCCCAAGCUCAAGCUGGAGGACGUCGAGAACCACACGGGCCUGACGCCUCUCAAAAUGGCUGCCAAGACUGGCAAGAUCGGGCUUUUUUCACACAUCCUGAAACGAGAGUUUCAAGAGAGUCACACCAAGCACUUGUCACGUAAAUUUACUGAAUGGAUUUAUGGACCCGUCCACUGCUCCCUGUAUGACCUGGCCUCUGUGGACUCGUAUGAGGACAACUCAGUCUUGCACAUACUGGUCUAUGGCAGCGACAUUCCUAACCGUCACGAGAUGCUCCAGACGGAGCCUCUGAGCCGUUUACUAGAAGACAAGUGGAAGAGGUUUGCAGGACGAAUGUUUUGUUUCAACUUCCUGGUCUACGUCGUGUACCUGCUCAUCUUCACCCUUGUAGCCUACAAUAAAAAGGAUGGAAACCCUCCGUUUCCCCUUGAGGACAAUAUUCCGGGUUACCUGUAUGUUUCUGGCCAGCUGCUGACAACACUGGCAAACUGCUACUUCUUUUUAAUGGGGAUCAUAGACAUGAAGAGGAAACGCCCAAAGCUGCAGACGCUGCUGGUUGAUGGAUAUUAUGAGAUUCUUUUUUUUGUGCAGGGUGUUAUCUUCCUGUGCUCUGCUGGGCUGUAUUUGUUCGGGCAGCAUGAGUACCUGGGCUUCCUGGUGCUGUGUCUUGCCCUCAGCUGGGUGAACGUGCUCUACUAUUCCAGGGGGGACAGACACAUGGGCGUCUACAGCGUCAUGAUACAGAAGAUGAUCCUCAGCGAUAUCCUGCGCUUUCUCUUCGUCUACAUCGUGUUCCUCUUUGGAUUUUCAGCAGCGGUGGUCAGCCUGCUCAUAGAGCCUCCUGCGAGAAACACCACAGCUUCAGAGAGGGGGCGUCUUUUUGGCCCCGUUGGUACUAAUGAGGAGUGUGUCAAGCCCACCUUCACAAACAUCUCCUACACCACUCUGGAGCUCUUUAAGUUUACCAUCGGCAUGGGCGACAUGGAGUUCACCCAGGAUUACCGCUACAAGGAGGUGUUCUACGUGCUCCUCAUCGGCUACAUCAUACUCACCUACAUCCUGCUGCUCAACAUGCUCAUUGCCCUCAUGAACCGCACGGUGGAGAAGAUCACCAUGGAGAGUGCCAGCAUCUGGAAGCUACAGAGGGCCGUCACCAUCUUGGACAUGGAGAAAAGGCUGCCUUGCUGUCUGAGAAAGCAGUGCGGGGUGGAGAUAGUCCUCGGCACCGCUAUUGGGGCCGAACGCCGACGGUGUUUCAGAGUGGAGGAAGUCAACUGGAACAAAUGGAACAACAACCUGGCUAAAAUCAAUGAGGAUCCUGGGUGCUGCGACCGCCUCCAGCAGCCGUCUAACUCGGACGCCCCGCGGACCAGGCCAUCCAGAGGGAGGAGCUGGAGGGGCCUUUUCAUGGAAGGCAGUAGGCGGUGGCAGACAUACCAGUCCACAGAGAUGACCCCCAUGCAUGUCUGAAGAACCAGCAGAGCUUCAUCCUGGAUGCUCAGCCUGUCUGACCCGAGCAAUGAAGCACUCAAACCUGAAGACAGUGUUCCCUUUCAUUUCCCCAAGAAAUUUAACUGCCACAUGGGUGAACUACUUCUAUAACUGACUGUUACUCCAGUGCGUCAGCCUGGUUUUGCAUUUGCCCCUCGAGGUCACACUUUACUGACAUGAACAGUGAUCAGGAUGUUCACAGUGAUUAUAGAUAUUUGUGCAUUUGAAUGACGUAAUAAGUGUUAAAAAAAGUAGUGCUUGAUUCACUCUUGAAUGCUGCAACAAGUGUUGAUUAAAUGCCAAGGAAAUCA